GACACGCCCACGCAGAGCUGUCAGCUGCUCAGUUCAAGAUGGCGUUGUCCUGUAGAGGAGUAUGCCGUGUGGGUUCAGUGAUCUUACUGUAUGGAAAACAACCUGUCGGGGUCAAAGCUAGUCUCUUCACACCUAGAUUGGCUUCCACAAAAUCCAGUAGUAGUUUGUGGUUUGUUAGACACUAUUCACCUUCACAAGCAAGACAUGGGAUUGGUCGAAGUAUUGUGUCCAGGCUGAAGUGGGCCAAUGAGAAGUAUGAGAGUUUCUUGCAGCGGCGCUUUCCUCGCUUUUAUGGUCUCUAUAACACGUUUAUGAGAGGGUUCCGGCUCCUGUUUCAAGAUGCUCGAGAAGUGAGAAAGAUCAUGACUCGCAUGCUCACUGACAGCACAGAGAACCAGAAUUUGCCUUACCGUGAUUUGGAGAAACUCAGGCAGUUCCGCAGGGACUUAAUCAAAGCCAUUCCACUGGUCAUCAUAUCAAUACCUCCUUUUGCCAACUAUUUGGUCUUUAUCCUUAUGUACCUCUAUCCUCGCCAGGUUCUGAUCCGACACUUCUGGACCCCACAGCAGCUGGUGGAGUUUCAGGGGGUGUACCAUACCCAGAGAGCACGGCACCACUGGGCUAUAGUAAAGGGGAUGGAAAGCACGUCAAAUUCUGUCAAGGACAAGCAGCUUAAAAGCCGCCUCAUGGAGCUCUGUAGUAAGGUCCGAAGCGGAGUCCAUCCUGUAGUGUCUGAUGUCCAUGCAGUGAGAACAUUGUUCUCUGGACCUCCCUUAGGUAUCAAGAGAAUGUAUGCAGAUCAGAUGAGACACCUCUGUCCAUUGCUGUUCCUGACGCCCCGCCUCCCAGCCUUCUGGAUUGGUCGACGCUUGAACAGUCAUGCCUUAGAACUCAUGCAACUCGACCGCAGCAUUGUUCAAUUAGGCUUGCAUCAGUUAAACGACACAGAGCUCAGAGAGGCAUGUUACGUGAGAGGGCUGAAUCCAGAGCGUCUGAGUCCCGGACAGUGCCGGGAAUGGCUCACACAGUGGUUGCAGUUCUCAACGCACCUAAAUGAGUCAGAGACCUCCCUCUAUCUGCACUGUAUGGUACUGCUCACUGUAAACUACCCUAAACACCCACAUCACUGACCUCGAGAGGAAGCAGAUGACUUCUCUUCCCAACACCACCACACCCAAAAGUAAUCCACCAUGGGAACAAAAGAAACUUGUAUGCAAAUUAAAGCAGCACAACACAAGCUUUAUCAUACCAGUCAUUUGGCUUAGUCAUGUUACUGUUGUCAUUUUUUUAUGUUUCUGAAUCAUUAUUUUUAAAUGGGCUGUUAUGCUUUAAAUUUGUUUUUUGGAGAUUUUGUUUACUUGAGUGAGCAACAGGCAGGACAUUGUCAUUGAAAGAUGCCAUUGAGAUUCUGGAAUAUGUGGAAUAAUGUGAUUCAUUUUCUUCCAUAGAGACAAGGUAUGUAAUCAGUGACACAAAACAAUAAAUUGACACUGUGAGAAGUUAUAAUCACAUCUGAGACAAAAAGCCCACUGAAAAUGUGCCAAAAGCAUCCAUUUGGUCUUGAGACAUUAAUUCUAAAUAUAGUUGUUUAGUUGAGCGCAAUCAUUUGUGAAUUGUGUUCCGAGACAUUUUGUAUAUGCUUAAAAUCAGCACUGACCCGUCAUGUUCAUUUUUCUGGUGUAGUAGUAAGACAAACAGUCACUCUUGGGAUGUUUAAUAUGUUUUACUAAAGCAACCCAGUUAUGCUUUAAAUCUGAUGGUAAACUGGACAGAGGUUUACAGAGCCUGGAUACUGGAGAGAAAGUAUACUUUAAUAUAUUAAGCUCUAUAAAUGUUUUAAUUAAGCUUAUGUUAAUAUUUAUUGUUGAUCUCAAAAUUAUAAAGAAUAUUGAACCUUGUUAUUUGUUCUAUCCAAUAAGGAGUUUGCUGUUUGCUGUUUGGUCAAAGCACUGAAGUUAUGCUUAAUGUGUUUAGUCAGGUUCUUAUUCAGCCUUUUAACAGGUGCCUUUUUACUCAAGAACACAGCAAUACAUGCCGUUAUCUUUUUAUGUUGCCAAAUGUGUUGCGUUAUUUUGUAUUUUAUAUAUAAAGAGAAUGCUGUUUGGUUCUGUGUUAACAUUUCACUGAAAGGUAUGAAAGUACAUAGUCAUCACAGUGUGAAAAGAUCAGAACUUCUAUUAAAAGACUUCAAACUUAA